AGAGUACCUAUAUAAAUGAGUAUCUAUAUCAGAUAUCGCUUUGUUGUUGGACAAUUAGACACAGUUGCAACAAAGAUGAAGUACCUGCUAGCAUUCGCCCUCGUCGCCGUGGCCGCGGCGCUGCCCGAGCCCGUGCAGCUGGCUCAGCCCGCGCCGCCCCAGCUUACGCCCCUGGUGAUCCAACCGGCCGCCGCUCCAGUCUUUGUAGACGCCCCUGCUGCUGUUGAAUCCGUGAAGAUCGCUGACGCCCCCAUCGAAGCUAUUCCUGCUGACUUCACGGUCAACUUUGUGGAUGUAGCCCCUGAGGUUGCUGACGCUCCCGUUGAAGCCGUCCCUGCUGACUUUGCCGUCAACUUUGUUGACGCAGCCCCAGAGGUCGCCGACACUCCCGUCGAAGCCGUCCCUGCUGGAUCCGCCGUCAACUUCGUUGACGUAGCCCCCGAGGCUCCCGCGCAAGAUUUCGUUGUCAAAUUCGUUGACACUGCUGAUGUGGCUGCUGAGAUCGCCGAAGCUCCCGUAGAGAACUUCGCUGUCAGAUUCAUUGAUAACGCUAUUGAUGAAGAGACCCCUUCUUACAUCCCCAUGGAAGUCCCUUUCCAGGUCCAAAUCGUGCCUAUGCCUGCCCUGCCUGGCUCUUUAGUCCAGCCGCUCGUUGGCUUCGUGGAAGUCGUCCGUGAGCCUAUGAACAUUGAUGUCCCCGAGCAGAGCAAUGACAACGCGGUUAAGUUUGUGGAUGUGGCCCCUGAGGCUCCCGUCAUCAAUAACAUGUUCCCUCAACGCUACCCUAACCCUAUGUGGCGUUAAGAAUGUAUUUUUAAGUUUCAGGGGUUACCAACAAUUUAGGUAAUCUUAUAGACAAAAUUUCAUCUUUUUUGUACAGAAAAUAAACAUUACAAAAAAUUAAGAUAUAUA